AUGGGGAAACACAGAAAAAGUAAAGAACAUGGAGGGGAAGAAGGGAAAACACCCAAUGUGACCAAAAUGGCGCAGAGACAAGCGCGCAGCACUGUAGAAGAAUCAGACAGUGAAUCGGAUGCUCUAUCACGGCUUCCGUGCCCAUAUACAACAGAUGUUCAUGACGAAAGUGUCAUUUUUCAAGUUUCAUUUGCAGAGGAACUACCUAUUUCUUGCAAAGAUAUUGCAGCUGCAACAAGUCGUGAUCCUCUUCUGGCAAAAGUGUGGGACUUUACUUCCAAAGGCUGGCCAAACUACAGCUCUGACAAAAUCCUUAAGCCAUAUUUUGAAAAGAGAGAUGAGCUUUCCAUAGAUCAAGGUUGUUUACUGUGGGGGAUACGGGUUGUCAUUCCCCCAAAAUAUCGUCAGAGGCUCUUGCAUGAACUUCACGAAGGCCAUCCAGGUGUAAACAGAAUGAAAGCACGAGCUCGUGGUUACCUGUGGUGGCCAGGCCUGGAUCAAGAUAUAGAAAUUUUUGUAAGUCAGUGUACUGCUUGUGCUUCUGUACAAAAUCAGCCACCCACUGCACCCCUUCACCCAUGGACAUGGGCCACAUCGCCGUGGGAAAGAAUCCAUAUUGACUAUGCUGAAAUAAACCAGCAAACAUUUCUUGUGGUUAUCGAUAGCUAUUCCAAGUGGUUGGAGGUGUUACCCACUAAAACGAGUACAAGCGAGAAAACGAUUACCUUGCUGCAUAAUUUGUUUGCAUCCUAUGGUCUGCCAAAGGAAUUAGUUUCAGAUAAUGGACCUCAGUUCACAUCUCAGGAAUUCCAGUACUUCUUGCAACAAAAUGGUAUCAAGCACAAAUUGACCCCACCUUAUCACCCAGCUUCAAAUGGUGCUGCUGAACGGGCUGUUCAGACAUUUAAAAAAGCUUGGAUGAAACACUCAGUAGCACAAAGAUACAAAGACUUUUACCCAGGUGAUAAGGUUUUGGUUCGAGACUUCCGCCACUCAGGGCGCCUUUGGUCUCCAGGGACCAUUUGCCAUAGAAGGGGUCCCCUGACGUACGAGGUUCAAAUUGGUAACCGUCACAUUCAUGUCCAUGUGGAGCAUCUGGUUCCAGAUAAGAGUGUGUCACCCGUACCUCCUUCAUUUUCUACCAUUGACUUUCAAGUACCUGUAGCGCCCUCACAGGAAUUACCAGAUGCCAACAAUCCAUCUAAUCCAACCAGUGCUACAGCCUCUGAGGGUGAACGGAGGUAUCCGAUACGAGCACGCAAGCCUCCUGACAGACUGGACUUAUAA